AUGGUGGGGUCCUGUGGCCUACUAACCCGCCAGGAGGAGCCAGUGCCACUAAAGAGCAUCUCUGUGACCUUGUCCAUUUGUGAGUUUGUGGUCGGUGUGUCUGCAACCUUAAACUACGAGAAUGUGGAGAAAGUUCCUGUGGAGGCCUUCUUUGUGUUUCCCAUGGAUGAAGACUCCGCUGUCUACACCUUUGAGGCCGUGGUGGAUGGGAAGAGAAUUAUGGCAGAAUUACAGGACAGGGUGACGGCCAGUGCCAAGUAUGACAUUGCCAUCAGCCAUGGCUACCAAGCCUUCCUCUUGGAAGAGGACAUGUUCUCCAGGGAUGUCUUCUGUUGCAAUGUGGGGAACCUCAGCCCUGGGUCUAAGAUUUCACUCACACUGAGGUACGUGCAGGAGCUGUCCCUGGAAGCGGAUGGGGCCCUGCACUAUGUACUCCCAGCUAUCCUGAAUCCUCGAUACCAGAACUCUAGAUCAUCUGAGGCCAGUUGCCUGAACAUGAAGACUCCCAUAGUGCCGUUAGAAGACCUGCCCUACACACUCAGCAUGGCUGCGUCCAUCCAUUCCCAGCACGGCAUUGACAAGAUCAAGUGCAGCUGCUCCUUGAGUACCAUCGAGUACCCUGAAGCUGAUAAGACUUCAGCCCAGGUUUCUCUGGCUGCUGGACACAAAUUUGAUCAAGAUGUGGAGCUCCUGAUUUACUACAGGGAGGUGCACACCCCCAGUGUAGCUGUGGAGAUGGGGAAGCCUAAUUCAAAGUCAGAUUCUUUGAUGGGGGCUCCAUCUGCAAUGGUGAGUUUUUACCCAGAUAUCCCAGAAGCUCAACCGCCAAUUGCCUGUGGAGAAUUUGUCUUCCUCAUCGACCGCUCAGGAAGUAUGGCGUGCCCCACAAGCAAACAGGAUAUGUCUCAACUGCGCAUCGAGGCAGCCAAGGAAACACUGAUUUUGCUGCUGAAGAGUUUGCCCAUGGGAUGUUACUUCAAUGUCUAUGGAUUUGGAUCUUCCUAUGAGUCAUUCUUUAAGGAUAGUGUGGAGUACACUCAGGAAACGGUGGAGGAGGCAGUGAAGAAGGUCAAGGUUAUGCAAGCCGACAUGGGUAGCACUGAAAUCUUGCUGCCACUGCAGUCCAUUUACAGUAGACCUUCCAUUCCGGACCACCCCUUACAGCUUUUUGUCUUCACAGAUGGAGAGGUUUGUGACACUUUUAGUGUCAUUGCUGAAGUCAGGAGCAACUGUCUGAGGCACAGAUGUUUUUCAUUUGGUAUUGGAGAAGGCGCCUCCACCAGCCUAGUAAAAGGCAUUGCCCGGGCAUCAGGGGGCACUUCAGAAUUUAUUACCAGCAACGACAGAAUGCAGUCUAAGGCUCUUCGAUCCUUGAAACGUGCAUUGCAGCCUGUGGUGGAGGAUGUCACACUGAGCUGGGAUUUGCCUUCUGGUCUGUCUGCUAAAAUGCUUUCUCCAGAACAGACUGUCAUCUUUAGGGGUCAGAGGUUAAUCAUGUAUGCACAGUUGAAUGGGGUGAUGCAGCCUGGAGAGGCAACAGGAGAAGUGUGCUUCCAGUACACAUUCCAGGGCAAGAAGUUGAGCAAUAAAGUGAAAUUUUCUCUAGAGCCCAAGUUCGAUGCCAACCUCACAGUUCACCGCCUCGCCGCCAAGUCCUUUCUCCAGUCCAAAGACCUGGGCUACAGGGACACUCCAGCCAAAGAUAAGAAAGACAUACUGAAAGUCAGCAUGGAGUGCGGAGUCAUCAGCUCCCAAACGUCCUUCAUCGUCAUCAACAAGGAGGCCAGCACGCCAAUCCAGGGGCCGCUGGCCCGGAGGGCUGUUCCAAGGCCAAUGCUCUUGGGAGCUACUUUUGCACGACGACAGCACUCUUCCUGUGCUCCUCCCUCGGCCUUAUCCUCCUUACAUAUUCCGAUGAAUUCAGCCACAAGGAAAGCCACAGGGAAAUCAUCUGGCUCAAGCAUGCCAUGCUGGCAUCAUUCUUGCAAAACUUCUAAGCCCAAGAAGGACAAGCACCUGUACAAUCUAAUCUUUGGCGAUAAUCACCUCGUGCAGUUGAUUUCCCUCCAAAAGGCAAAUGGCUCCUGGGAUUUGGAUGAAGGUUUGGCCAUUGUCCUAGGUAUGAAUUUGUCAGACAUACUGGCUGCUCUCCCUGUGAAGAAUGCAGGUGUUCCAAGCUGGGCCACAGUCCUGGCAGUGCUCUGGCUGCAUGCCAAUGGGCAGGACUUGAAGUGUGAGUGGGAGCUUUUGGAACGAAAGGCUGUGACUUGGAUUCACCUCCAUGCAGGCUCCAUCCUGGAGGUGCUUGUGAAAGCUGCGAUUGCUUUCCUGAAGUCACCUGUGGAUCCUGCUGUCUUUGUCCUGUGAGAGUGCCAUGGAAGAGAGAGAAGUGCCUCUCCUAUGCUGUGGU